GGUCAAUUGAUGUAGACGCCCGAAUAGGUUCCAAUAAGUACUUUACGGCGGAUAUCUCCAUAAAUGGCAACUGGUAAAACCCACCUGCCUGCUGAAGUCAUCCAGACGCGUCACGCGUCGCGGGCGUACGCGUCCACUCGAAUCGUUUCCCGUCUCCUCCAAAGGCGUCCUCACGACUCGACCCUUCUUCCCGACCGCCCUUCACUCCCUCUUCUUACUGUCAUGGCUUCGACACAACCCCAAACCCGCCGCCAGGCAACAACAAUGAGAAGGCACCAGAUUCUACACCAUCGUCCUCGGAAGCACCACAGGACGCUAUGGACAUCACUCCGGACCAACCUGCCGAAGAGACAUGGGCGGACAUCCCUGAGGAGAUCAUAUCCUUGAGCACGGACGAGAUCCUUACACGAAUACGUCUCAUCGACAAUGACUUGAAGGUGAUGCGCUCGGAGACGUUACGUCUGCAACAUGAGCAGAAUGUCAUGAAGGAGAAGAUUCGGGACAAUGGGGAGAAGAUCAAGCAGAAUAAGGUCUUGCCUUACCUUGUGGCGAAUGUAGUCGAGAUUCUGGACGUCGACCCUGAAAUUGAGGAGGACGGCGCGAACCGAGACCUUGACUCUAUGCGCAAGGGGAAAUGCGCUGUCAUCAAGACCUCGACACGACAAACCGUCUUCCUCCCGCUCAUCGGUCUCGUCCCGCCCGAGAAACUCAGACCCGGCGACCUUGUCGGUACCAACAAGGAUUCGUAUUUGGUGCUUGACACGCUCCCGGCGGAGUUCGACUCGCGAGUGAAAGCAAUGGAGGUGGACGAGCGGCCGACGGAAACCUACACCGACAUCGGAGGGCUGGAGAAGCAGAUCGAGGAGCUGGUCGAGGCGAUUGUCUUGCCAAUGGAGCAAGCGGACAAGUUCAAGACGCUCGGCAUCAAGCCUCCGAAGGGCUGUCUCAUGUAUGGUCCUCCCGGUACUGGCAAGACGCUUCUCGCGCGUGCGUGUGCGGCCCAGACCAACGCGUGCUACUUGAAGCUCGCCGGACCUUCGCUCGUACAAAUGUUUAUUGGUGACGGUGCCAAGCUCGUGCGGGAUGCGUUCGAACUCGCGAAGGAGAAGGCACCCACGAUCAUCUUCAUUGACGAGCUAGAUGCUAUCGGUACCAAGCGGUUCGAUUCGGAGAAGAGCGGUGACCGUGAGGUGCAGCGGACAAUGUUGGAGCUUCUGAACCAGCUAGAUGGCUUCAGCAGUGAUGAGCGCAUCAAGGUCAUUGCCGCGACGAACCGCAUUGAUAUCCUCGACCCUGCUCUGCUUCGGUCAGGCCGUCUGGACAGGAAGAUCGAGUUCCCGCUCCCGAACGAGACUGCCCGUGCGCGCAUUCUGGAGAUCCACUCACGGAAAAUGUCCGUCUCCUCUGACGUCAACUACGAGGAGCUUGCCCCUGAAGGCAGUCUGCGUGAGGCCGGUAUGAUCGCCCUGAGGGAAGGUGCGACGAAGCUGAACCACGAGCACUUCCUGGGUGGUAUAGCUGAAGUCCAGAGCAAGAAGAAGAACGACCUUGUCUAUUUCAUGUAGUCCCAUUGUGUUUGCUCUCGUACGGUACAGUCUUGAUACAUUUUCUCUCUUUGAUAUCGCGGACCCACUCGUAUUCAGUGCCAUCAGUAUUGGCCCAGAGAGGUUACCUGGUCACUAUGAGUAGACAAGAUCAGCAGUGCACGUCCUGGGCAUGAGCGUAGUCGAUCAAACUGACCAGCCUAGAGUUCACGUUCAGGCUCAACCUGCUCUAUGUGAGACAGGACUAGCUACGCUAUGUAGAACGACCGGAAGGAAGACGUCCUUUACAAAUCUUUCACGGAACUGGGCACGAUGCUCCUGAAUCAACAGGUUGAGUCU